AUGGGCGACCUUAACGCUCAGGGACACACUGGGAAACCGAAACCAAUGAGGGAUCUGGCUUCGAAAGCCAGUUCUAUUCCAGAUCCGGUUGGUUUGGGCCUGACGACGGCUUUGGGUCUACACUCGCAAUGGACAAUUUGGCACGGCCAAUGUUUGUUGGGCGCUGCUGUAUCCACCGCUUUGACUACAUGCAUCCGCAUUCCGGACCAGUUUAAGGAUCACACCCCAUGCCUCACCUACAAGGUGUUUUAA